UUAUAUCAUAUUUUGCAAUUCCACCCGGUAGUUCAGCCAAGCGCAUCGCGCGGCCGGGAGGUGGCGACCCAGACCUGAGUGGCGGCGGUAGCCAUGGGCCUCCCAUGGAGACGGCAGCCGAGGGCCUCGCGCAGUGCCGUAGAGCAUAUCGCCGUCGGCUGGCACUCCCACCAGUGGUCGUCGAUGAAACCGCCAGCGCCGCCACGAGCUUUCCGUGUUGCCGCCCCUGAUCUGAAGCGCCGGCCUCCCCGCGCUGCUGCUGGUCACCUGCAGGAGUUGAUGAUGUUGCGUUCUCCCCAGGCUGAUUCAUGGCCUCCUUCGAGCGAUCUACCCCUCCCCGAUCUGGGCAGGGAGAACGCGGAUCUGAUCUACCCUCUAGGAGAUCAUGAUGGGGCGCAGCAAGAUCGAGAACUCGUCGAAACGGCAGUGACCUUCGCGAACCGCUGGGCUAGGUUCCUGGAGAAGUCUCGUCAGAUCCGGGAAGAUAUUGUGCGAUGAGAAGCACAAGGUUAUGGUCUAAUCUACUCCAGCAAUCAAAUAAACAUAUUUAGGAUUUCCAUACCCUAGAAAUGUUUUUAGAGCAAC